AUGGCUUCUUCUAAUGGAAUCUCGAAAAGAGUGAGUGAAAAUAUCUUGAAAACAUUAUCUGAAUCUAAUAAUAAUUCCAGCUUAUUGUCGAAUCACCCAAUGUAAAAGUUGAAGAUGGUGUUCUCGAAUCUCGUUUCACUUAUCGGAAAAAUCAUUUCGAAACUCGUGCCGAUGGAUUGCAUGUUAUUCCGCACGAACACGAAUAUUCUUUCAAAACUGUUUUGAAACCACGAAAAACUGGUCUUCUUUUGGUCGGACUUGGAGGAAAUAAUGGAUCAACUGCAACUGGAUCAAUUUUUGCCAAUCAAUAUGGAAUGACAUGGAGAACUAAGGAAGGAAUCAAUAAAGCCAAUUAUUUUGGAUCAAUAACUCAAUCCUCAACUGUUCAUCUUGGUUUUGAUGGAAAUGAACAAGUCUAUGUUCCAUUCAAAGAUAUUGUUCCAAUUCUUUCGCCAAAUGAUUUAAUUAUCAGUGGAUGGGAUAUCAAUAAUGCUAAUUUGUAUGAAGCGAUGGGAAGAGCUAGAGUUUUUGAGCCAGAACUUCAAGAGAAACUUCGACCAUUCCUUGAACCAAUUGUUCCACUUCCAUCAAUCUAUUAUCCUGAUUUUAUUGCGUUGAAUCAAGAAGGUCGAGCAAACAAUGUUAUAGAAGGAAAUAACAAACAACAACAUUUGGAACAUAUUAGAAAUGAUAUUAGAAGUUUCAAAGAAAAACAUCAACUCGAAUGUGUUAUUGUUCUUUGGACUGCAAAUACUGAAAGAUUCACUGAUGUUAAAGAUGGUUUGAAUACAACUGCACAAGAUUUAUUGGCAUCAAUUCAAAGAAACGAGGAAGAAAUCUCGCCUUCGAAUAUUUUUGCAGUUGCUUCGAUUCUUGAAGGUGCUCAUUAUAUCAAUGGAUCACCACAAAACACUCUUGUUCCUGGAAUUAUUGAACUCGCACAACAAAACAAUGUUUUUGUUGGUGGAGAUGAUUUCAAAUCGGGUCAAACAAAAUUCAAAUCAGCAUUCGUUGAUUUCCUCGUGAGCAGUGGUUUGAAACCUGAAUCAAUUGUCUCAUACAAUCAUUUGGGAAACAAUGACGGAAAGAAUUUGAGUGAAGCCAGACAAUUCAGAUCGAAAGAAAUCUCCAAGUCAAAUGUUGUUGAUGAUAUGGUCGAAUCUAAUAAAAUACUCUUCCCAACAGCACAAAAUCCAGAUCAUUGUGUUGUUAUCAAAUAUGUUCCAUAUGUUGCUGAUUCGAAAAGAGCUAUGGAUGAAUAUAUUUGCAGUAUUUUCAUGGGUGGAAAACAAACAUUUGUUGUUCACAACACGUGUGAAGAUUCACUUCUCGCUUCUCCUUUGAUCUACGAUUUGGCUAUUCUCACUGAACUUGCAAGUCGUGUAACAUACAAAGUUGGAGACACUUAUCAACCAUUCCAUUCGGUAACAGUAUUUUUUAAUUUUUUGUUUCGAAACCGUUUUUAUCUCCGAAUAAUUUUCAGGUUCUCUCAAUUCUUUCACUCUUACUCAAAGCUCCAGUUGUUCCACCAGGCACUCCAGUCAGCAAUGCUUUUAUGCGUCAAUUUUCGACACUCUCCAAAUUGGUCACCGCUUUGGCUGGUUUCCCAUCAGAUUCCGAUAUGCAAAUCGAAUUCUUCACCAAAUUACCCAAGUAA